AUCAGUAAUGGUCCCACGGGCAGCCGCGUACUUUGGAAGGGUAAAUAUUUGCUGCGGGCUUCCAGCAACAAACCCCAGCCUGCUGUCUUUACCCUGAAUGAAGGACCUUCUUCCCAGGCACCCAGGGGCCACUCGCUGGAAGUCUCGCCGCUGAAGAGAGGCGCUUGCUCCUCGGGCCUCCACGGCUGACCAGAUGACGGCGGCGGUGGCGCUGCGGCUCCUGCUCCCCUGCCUCCUGGCCGAGGCGUGGCUGGUGCCCGGCGUGGCCCCCAGCUCCCGGCCACCGGGGGCCCAGGCACGGCACGAGACCCUCCAGGGAGUGCAGGCCCCUGAAGAGGAGCAGGAGAAGGAGCCCUGGCUGGCGGCCAGCGAGCGUCAGCUCUGCGAGGACACCUUCAACCUGGGCUUCAGCCUGCUGCGCAAGAUCUCCAUGAGGCACGAAGGCAACGUGGUCUUCUCGCCGCUCGGCCUGUCCUCGGCCAUGGCGGCCCUGACGCUGGGGACCCGGGGGCAGACCAAAGCCCAGCUGGAGGGCGGGCUCCUGCAGACCCGGAACGGGACCAGGCCCGGGCACCUGCCCAGCCUCCUCCGGCGGUUCAGGGAGCGCCUCUCCCACAACCGGGAGCUGGGCCUCGCCCAGGGGAGCUUGGCCUUCAUCCACGAGGAUUUCGAUAUCAAAGAGACCUUCCUCAACUUAUCCAAGAGGUAUUUCGAUACAGAGUGUGUGACGAUGAAUUUUCGCAAUGCCUCGCAGGCCCAGGGGCUCAUGGACCAUUACAUCAACAGGGAGACGGAGGGGAAGAUCCCCAAACUCUUGGUUGAGAUUAACCCCGACACCAAGUUAAUCCUCGUGGAUUACAUCUUCCUCAAAGGGAGGUGGCUGACCCCGUUCGACCCCGUGUUCACCGAGGCUGACACUUUCCGCCUGAACAAGUACCAGGCGGUCACGGUGCCCAUGAUGUUCAGGGUGGGCAGCUUCACCUCCACCUUCGAUAAGAACCUGCGCUGCCACGUGCUCAAACUGCCGUACCGAGGGAAUGCCACCAUGCUGGUGGUCCUCAUGGAGAAGAUGGGGGACCACCUGGCCCUGGAAGACUACCUGACCUCAGACCUGGUGGACUCGUGGCUGAGGAACAUGAAGACCAGAAACAUGGAAGUUUUCUUUCCCAAGUUCAAGUUAGAUCAGAAGUAUGAGAUGCACGAACUGCUUAAGCAGAUGGGAGUCAGGAAGAUCUUCUCCCCCUGGGCCAGCCUGAGCGAACUCUCAGCUACUGCGAGAAAUCUGAAAGUAACUAAGGUUUUACAGAAAUCAGUGAUCGAGGUCAACGAGAAGGGCACCGAGGCCAUGGCGGGCACGGUGUCAGAAAUCAUCGCCUAUUCCAUGCCCCCCCUCAUCAAGGUGAACCGGCCAUUCCACUUCAUGAUCUAUGAAGAAGCCUCCAGACUGCUGCUCUUCCUGGGCAGGGUGGUGAACCCCACUCUGCUGUGAGGGCUGACGCGCCCGCGUUCGCGGUGCACGGCGGAUGCCGAGUGUGAGCCGUGGGAACCCACACACACGAGAUACUGGCUCCGGCGGUGGCGGAAGAGGGGGGCUCUGGUCCUCUGCGAGUCCAAGCCGCUCUUAGAUAAACCCGAGUAUUA